CCACUAGCAGCAAGCAUUUAGCAGCUUCGAUAAAACUUAGUAAUAGACGGUGAACAAUUCCCACCGCUUAUCGAUAGAAUGUGCAUCGCUAUCAGUGCGUCACAAGAUUACAUUUAGCGGGAAGCAUGCUCCAAAGCAAGAGUGCGUAUCUUACGACCAGUUCCCAUGCUCAGUAGCGUUUCGAACGUGAUCUACAUCAGUUGUUUGGCGAAGUAGUAAAAUGAGCCAGCACGAGCAACUUAUCGUGGCCACCCGUUACGGUCCGGUGCGGGGCGUAAGGAAGACAGCCGGCACCGGUGUGGAGUAUUUGAACUUUCAAAAGAUACCUUACUGUAAACCACCGGUUGGUGAGCGAAGGUUUAGGGAUUUAGAGCUACCGGAACCGUGGACCGAACCGCUGGACUGUACGCAGCAGGGUCCGAGUGGGUAUCAGUUUAACAAGCUGCUGAACAAGAUCGUGGGCAGUGAGGAUCAUCUGUACGUAAAUGUGUUUACCAAGGAACUUAAACCGGAAAAACUGCGACCGGUUAUGUUAUGGAUUCAUGGUGGAGCAUUUAUGCGCGGUUCUAGCGGAACCGAAAUGUACGGACCCGACUAUCUCAUGCAAAAGGACAUCGUGCUGGUUACGUUCAACUAUCGCCUUGGUGCAUUCGGAUUUCUGUCUCUGGAGUCGCAAGAGCUGGGCAUUCCAGGGAAUGGCGGAUUGAAGGAUCAAAAUUUGGCCAUCCGCUGGGUGCGUGAUAAUAUCGCCAGCUUCGGCGGAGAUCCGGACAAUGUUACGCUGUUUGGGGAGAGUGCCGGUGGAUGCUCGGUGCACUAUCACAUGGUGUCGGAGCAAUCACGGGGACUGUUCCGGCGCGCGAUUGUAAUGUCUGGCUGCGCGCUAAACAAUUGGUCCACGAUGCCAAGACGCGGCAUGGGCGAACGGCUGGCGAAAGCGCUCGGCUGGGAUGGUACCGGUGGCGAAGCGGGAGCUUUAAAAGUUCUGAUGAAAGCACCCGCGGAGGAUAUCAUUAAGUACCAGGAUCAGCUGUUAACUCCGAAUGAGUUGGAAAAUCGUAUGCUGUUUCCGUUUGGCCCGGUCGUGGAACCGUACCCGUCGGGAAACACCUUUAUUCCGAAGAAACCGCUGGAAAUGUGUCGUGAGGCGUGGAGUAACGAUAUCGAUAUACUGAUCGGAGGUAACUCCGAGGAGGGACUGUUUUGUUUGAGCUCUAUCAAGGAAAAUCCUGCCAUAAUGGACAAUCUGAAGGACUUCGAGUACUUGGUACCGAUGGAGCUGGAGCUGGUGCGCAGCUCGCGGGUGUGUCGCGAGUAUGGGCUAAGGCUUAAAAAGUUCUACUACGGUGAUACGGAGCCGUCGUUUGAAAAUCGGGAAGGUUAUUUAACGUUAAUGACAGAUAAGCUCUUCUGGCACGGCUUACAUCGCACCAUCUACUCCCGAAUCAACUCGCGGAAAGGGGCCAAAACGUUUGUCUAUCGGUUUUCGGUAGAUUCGGAAACGUACAACCACUAUCGCAUCUACUUCUGCGACCGGAAUGUGCGCGGCACGGCUCAUGCAGAUGAUCUUUCGUAUCUGUUUAAAAAUUUGUUCAGCCCCGUUCCGGAUGCGGAUACGUUUGAGUAUAAGACGAUGCAACGACUGGUCGAGCUGCUUACCAACUUUGCCAGUAUGGGAACCCCGAAUGGUGGAACGGUUGGAGACAUUUGGGAACCGGUCAGUGCCGAGGUGGAGCCGUACAAAUGUUUGAACAUCAAUAACGGUGGAUUGAGCUUUGUUGACCUGCCGGAAAUGAGACGCAUGAUGCUGUGGGACUCGAUCUACAAGAAAGAGCAGCUGUAUUAAUGUCUCUUGGAAGUGUUUGAAUUAUACACUGAGUGGUAUUUUGUAAUAUUUUAUAUUUUAUUCCCGGUAGUGGUUUUAUUACAGUGUAGUUAAUACGGCAAAGCUUAAUGGAGCUAUCGGUAGGGAUUAUUAGUUAUGAGUCUAAGAACAGAUAAAUGGAAGGGUAAGCUUAGACAACUAAAAGGAAAGAUAAUCUUAGUACAGCUAUGGUUACAAUUUUUGUUUGAUCAUAUCAUAACAGAUGAAAAUAUACGUUUUUACAAUAA